AUGGCAGACGAAAAAAGGCAGAACCCUUUCAGAAGCAUGGGUUCCUCCAACGAAGCAGAGGCAGCAGAGCACCCUCCGGCAUACAGAGCUCCAGAGCCCUCAACACAAGCAAGCCCAUCGACAUCAGCGGCAGCUCAAAGGAGUACCUCUCAAACAAAUAAAAAAACGAUCGCGAUCCCAGCCAUCAGUUCUUCUUCCGAUUCACCUUUUAUUCGAGCCUACCCACCAAUCCUACGAAAUUACCAACUCCCCAAGGAAUCCUUCCUCACAUUCCUCGACCAACUGAACAAGGACAUAGCAGCCAGCCCUCCUCUCCAAGUCCUAGAUGCAACAGGCGGGAUCCUAAACUCCGUCCCGAUUCUGUUCCCGCUACACUGGAUUGGUUCCGCCGUCAGCGGGCUCGCAAACCUGGGCAGCCAAGGCAUGUCCAAAAGCCGCACGGACUCGUCCAUCAAACAAGCCAACAGGGACAUUUUCGGACCCCGCGGCUUGAAAGUUGAGGUUGCGAAGCUAGAUGCGCUGGCGCACAUCGCCCAGAUUCCUAUAUUGGAUUCUCAGGGGAAGAUCAAUCGACAGGCGCCUUUGUUUCUGCAGCUGCGGGAUACUACUGGUGGAGACUAUGAAAGACAGGAACAGGAGCGAGGGCAAGGAUCGGAGGUGCCGCAGUGUAUUAGAGCUUUGCAGCCCUGGAUUGCUGAGCUGGAGUUUGAGAUUUUGCCCUGGUCAUCGAAGUCGAAAUUGACGCGAUUCAACGCUGCUUUGAGGAAGAGGAAUGGUACUGGUACUCACUCUGAUGGGAACAAAUCGGAAGAUGUUUCAUUUCGGAAGGCUUUGUGGCUUAUCAUUCGAGAGGUUGAGGUUGAGUGA